AUGAAGACAGUUGUUUAUGUCACUCUUUUGGUGGCAUUCAUACAAAUAUGCUGUAGUACGGUAUCGGCUCAAAACAAUAGUACAACUACUACAACUGCUGGAACUACCACAGCUACGAGAACUACAAUGACCACUGCUCGAAAUAAUAGUACAACUACCACAGUUGCUGAAACUACUACGACUACUGCUGGAAAUAGUGGUACAACAACUACAACUGCUGGAACUACUACGACCACUGCUGGAAAUAAUGGUACAACUACCACAUCUACU